AUGUGGAGGAGUCGGCUGGUCGUGAGAAGGCCGCAAUGUCGACUAUUCCAUAGAGCGAGGGCACGAUGCCAGGCAAUAAGCGUGAUAGACAUCGAUGAUGCCACCUUCUUCAGGCAGUAUCCCUCGGCAACGGACACGCCAGAGACAAACCCGCCCUUCUUCGAGAACUUAUCAUUCCGCCUGCCGACCAAACUCGACGACGAUGGAAAGCCACAGUACUGGGCGGUGCUUUCUCCUUCGUCAUUAGCAAGAACGACGUUUCUUCAGAUCCUGGCGGCACAGCACAUUUGCAUUCCUCCUACAGCUCGGCAUUAUCCUCUUCUUUCAGAACUGUCCAUCUCAGAGCAACAUGCCAUCAAAUAUGUCGGAUUCGACGCCGAGCGAGGGAGCACAGUGGGCGGUGCUAACGUACGAGGCGCCUACUUGAGUGCGAGAUAUGAAAGUAGACGCGAGGAGACCGACUACUCACUCCACGACUACCUUACUGGUCACACAGAGCUUAACGCGCUAGAACACGAGCAAACGGAGGCUGAGAAGGAGAAGCUGAGCGAGGUCAUCGACCAGCUCGAUCUUCACAAGCUACUUUCAAUGCCGGUGGCGAAUUUGAGCAAUGGCCAAACCCGAAGGGCUCGAAUCGCGAAAUCUCUUGUGUCCUUUCCAGAAGUGCUACUCCUUGACGGACCAUUCAUGGGGCUGGAUCCCAACACUGCGCGGGUGAUGGGCUCUGUAUUACGUGGUUUGGCCGAAAGACAAGCUCCUAGACUGGUCUUGAGCUUGCGUCCGGAAGAUGGUGUGCCAGACUGGGUAUCACAUCUUGUUGUGGCUGACGAACACCUGAAAGUCCUAGCUCAAGGCGAAAAGGACAAGAUCUUCUCAGACGCAAGGAGCCAAUUUUUUAUCAUGUCACCCCUGCAGAAGAUCUUGCAAUAUUCUAGAUCUAGGACUCUCAGCGCUGUUGCGCAGCCUGCAUGGCCUGAACGCCCAUGGAAGCUCAGCAUAGACGGCUUCAAGAGAGAUUCACCUGCUCUGGAGCCUGGCGAGGCUGUAGUCGAGAUGCAGGGCGUGAAGGUCAGCUACGGAGACAAGACUGUGCUAGGUGGAUGGAAGCAGGAUAUCGAUGGCGAAUGCAGGGAAGGGCUGUGGUGGAGCCUGCAUCGCGGCCAGCGCUAUGGUAUUUUCGGUCCAAACGGGAGCGGCAAGACCACUAUGCUGAGCUUAGUCACAUCAGAUCACCCUCAGACGUAUGGUCUACCCAUCAAGCUGUUCGGCCGAUCAAGACUUCCAGGACCGGGAGAGCCUGGCAUAAGCGUGUUUGAUCUCCAACGGAGGAUGGGCCACUCCAGCCCAGAAGUACACUCUUUCUUCCCCAAAGCUUUGACAGUGCGGCGGGCGCUUGAAUCUGCUUGGUCUGAUGCACCUCUAGCUCGUGCGAAGCUUAGCGCAGAGACAGAUCGAAGGGUAAAUGCCUUCUUACGAUGGUUCGCCAAGGAAUUGAAUCCGAAUUAUGGGUCAAAGACAUUCCUUGAGAGCCUGGAAGAUACGUUGGACGUUAAACGGGGGCUAAGUGCUGCGCGCAAAGCGGCUGCGCAGAAGUUCUACGAUGAGAAUUUCUACGAUGACUCCGAUCUGACCUGGGCAGACGAUGUACGAUUCCGUGAGUUGAGUUUCUCUAGUCAGAGACUGCUGCUGUUCUUGCGAGCCAUAGUUGCAAGUCCAGACCUGGUGAUCCUGGAUGAAGCGUUGAGUGGGAUUGACGAGAGGAUACGAGACAAGGUGCUGUUAUUCUUGUCUCAAGGCGAGGAGGUCGCAGCAGUGCUCGGAAGCUUUGCACAGCCUAGCUCGCUCUCUGUAAUGGGCAAAGUCUCGUUUGAGGGACUCACGCCGGAUCAAGCUUUACUGGUGAUCAGUCACUCAAAGGAGGACGUCCCAGGCUGCUUGCGGGAAUGGAUAUGUCUUCCGGAACCAGGUGAAGGGAGGGCUCCAAGGACCGGCAAACUUCCUGGCCCGCUCUCAUUGCAUCCUCAAGAGUGGACAGAGGGAAUCUGGGCACAGCAAGGCUCGUAGAGUAGUUCCAUCAACAUGUCCUAUACCACACGAUCGAUUUAGACUUUCGGUAAGAUACAGAAGAACGGACUGUACAGCUAUUG